UCUAACUGUUAAUAUUUUUGCAACAGUAUGGAUAGUGAAGUUCUUCAAUGUGAAAGCCAGAUACAGGAAAAGCCCUAUGUAUCUAAGAUGGACAAUAUUCAAAUGCAAGCCAAGUCUCUACAGAUCGAUAUCAACCUCAAGAAAAUUCAACUAUCUGUUCCUUCAGCCUUAAAAAUUAAGCUGAUGUGGAUUAGAGGGUCUAAAAAGCUGGAAACAAAGAAGAAAGUUGUGGUAGAGCCCAAGACUUCUACUACUUCUUUCUCUGAAACUAUGUCUCUUGUUACAAAGUUCCAUCCUGAUCCAAAUAAUCCUGGUCAGUUUAAACGAAAGAGAUGAUAUUUGCAGAUAAUGGCCAUAACGAAGAGACAGAUGAAGCCAGUUGGAAUACUCCCCUUUAACCUCUCUGAGUUUGUGGGAAUAUCUCCUCAAAGCACAAUGAAGCUGACAUUUGCAAAGUGAUUUGACCCCAAAGCAGCUGUCUUCUUGACCACUUCGCAACAUGAGAUUGAGUCAAGUAGUAAUCUUGAGACGGAAUCUAAUGUAACGACUGAAACUAUUAGUGAUACCUUUUCAGAGUGCUCCAACAGUAUGGUUUAUGAACCGAGUAUGAGCAAUCAAGUCAAUGCUUCGACAACAGAUGGGACAAACCUAAGUUCAUAUGUUGAAAGCGACACUAAGUCAGCAUCAUUCAUUUCUAACUGAGGCAAUAGAUCUGCCUGAAAAAGUGCAAGAGGGCAGGCAAGCAUGAGCAUGAACAAGGAUAAGCUCUUGAUUCAGAAGCUGUCAAAUGAACUCUCUCACUAUAAGACACUCCUCAGAGAAAUGGCCACAAAGAAAGAAGAAGCAGAGCAGAAGCAAAUCAGCCAGGCUGAAGAACUUGAGAAGCAGAAAGGUUUGAUUGAAGAAAAGAACAAGCACCUCAGCUCUAUCAAACUGGAGCUUAAAGCUCAGCAAGAAGAACUUGAAACUAAGGAGCUUGAGAACCAUUCUGAGAGACAUAAGCUUAAAAUGAAAAUUGAUUAUUUAACCAACAAAUGUUUUCAGUUAAACUGUAAACUUGAUAAAAAGGAUUAUUCAGAAGUCCCAAAGCCUCCGGAGAAAGACUCUGCAAUCCUUCUAGAUAUCAUUGAGAAUAAAAAAAAGGAAUAUAGCACUGAUGGACAGAUCCAGGAUCCAGCUGAUUUCUUAUUCAACAUCUUCGCUCAAUAUGAAAGUUUGAGCAAAAAUGUUAAGAUGCUGUCCGAGGAGAAUGAUUUGUUGAAAAAUCAGCUAGCCGAAGCCAAGGUCAAAUAUGCAGAUUCUGCAGGCCAGAAAGAAAAGCUAGGCAUCGAGAUGAAAUCUAUUCAGAACCAAAUUCAAAGGCUGUCUACUCAUAGUAGUCAGAGAGGAAGCCAGACCAGCACUGGCAGUCAGAAUGAAGACUCCCAAGAAAGCAUUAGAGGAGAAAGAAAAGUGGGGACUAUUUCUUCUUACCUGGGAGGCAUCAGCUUUUGGAGGAAAAACCAAUAA